GAGACGACCCGAUACUACCCAGGCUAUGCGUGGAACACAACCUGCAUAGCUAAACCAAGCAUGAACACCACCAUAUUGGAGGGAUCUGGAAGCUCAAAAGAGAUAGCAAUGACAUUCCCGGAUGAUUGCCCUGCAGUAGUCACAGAUACUGCUUUCGGGCAAUGCUCUUGCUCCGGCAUUCUGCCAUUGACAUCCGGAGAGCAAAUUCGGCUCCGAUGUGUCUCUAGAGCACUCCAUGCGUCUAGAAGCAAGCUGCUGUUGAGGUCAACUGGAGAAUGGAUAUGGAUGAGGGACGAAUUUCAGAAAUGGCGCAGCCUCCAUGAGCACCCAUUCUUCUGGCUAUGUGGAUCUUCAGGAAGCGGAAAGUCCAUAUUAACUUCAGCUGUUAUCAGACAUCUCGAAGAAGGAGAAAAAAGGGAGGGAGAAGUAGUUACUUUCUACUGCUGCGAUGGACGGUAUGAAAGCUCAGAUACCGUUCUGCAAAUAAUGGAAGUCUGGUUGGCAGAACUGCAAGCCCGAAGGACAGGUGAUGCUAUGGUAGCAAGACUCAUGGGAGACGCGACGGAGCUGGAUAGCGCCCAUGAACGCCUGUCGCGAGCUUCACUCAGAAGUGUGUUUCAGACUAUCAAGCACAAUUUGGAGGAGGGAGAAGCCUUGAUUCUGGUCUUGGAUGGUCUGGAUGAUGUUAAGAUGGGACACGAUUUAGUCCAGGAACUGUUGACUCUGACAAACCAACACGAUAAAAAGCACCGUAUCAAGAUCUUUAUAUCUUGCAGAAAAGCAUUUGCCACAAAGAGCGGUAUCCAAACACCAUUUCAGAUAGACCUGGACUCCCAAACUUCCAUCGCACACGAUAUGGAGGAUUAUACCAACAGUAUUCUGUCCAAAGGUCUGCCGACGACCUGCGAUGCUGAGACAGUGAUUCGAAUUCAGAAGAUUACAGAGAAGUCACAGGGCCGAUUUCUCUGUAUGAGGCUCCUGCUAUCUAUUUUAUCCAAUGAACCAGCUUCUGACGGGAUCAAUAAAUGGGUACUCGGCAUCACAGACGACGAAGGCAUCAAAAGCCCAAGUAACAUAUACAAACACAUGUCUCAAUCAAUCCUCGACGUUCACCACCGGUUCGCAUUCUGCAUGUUGAGUUGGGUCCUGCACGCGGCUCGACCGAUGUAUUCAUGGGAGCUGCUUGACGUAGUAAAUUCAGAACUUGGCACAUCUUACCUGGAUACAGAAGUCGAGAAAUCCACCAUGGGUCUUCUUACAAUGAGCAGGACUCGAACAGUGAACUUAGUUCAUCUGAGUCUACGAGACCAUUUGACGACCAUCAUUCGGAGCUCAUUUCCCCAAGGCCCACACGAAAUGAUUGCUCGGGCUUGUUUGAGAGCGUUGAAUCCUAAACUCAUUCUACAAAGAGUAGAUCAUGUAUUGUUUGAUGAUUACGCUAUAAAUAUCAAACCAAAGCCGUUACAGACACUGGGAAUAUAUGCCGAGAAAUACUGGAUACACCAUUAUCUCCUUGCUGAGCCUAAAAGUACGUCUAUAUCGGGCGUGCUUCACGAGACUUUGAGGGAGAUAAUCCCUUCCAAGAAAACAAAGCCACAAGAUAUUUCUAAGCUGGAUUCCGAGACUCCUAAAACUCUGCUGGAUAUCGAAAUUGCUCGGUUGGAACCAAUAUCUCUAGACACAAUCAAUAUGUUUCUACGAGUCGGUGCUUCUCUUGGUUUUUACGAACUGGCAAAAUUGGAACUCGACAUGGGGGCAACGGACCAUAUAGUCAGCGGCUUUCCUGAAAACUCACUCCACUUGGCUGCUAUGGGGGGUCACACCCGCUUGGUAAAACUUCUUAUUGAUUACGGAGCCGAUGUAAACUCUCUUUGCAAAUUAGGUGAUACGCCCCUUUCCCAUGCAAUUGCGAGCGCCAAUCAUGAAGUGGUGCAAUUACUGCUCAAAAGGGAGCCUGCUGCUGCUGCUGCGGCUCGAGCCGCUGGGUCUAUGGUGGAAUUGAGAUUAGAUCCUGAUAUCUCAAAACAGUGUUCUGUUUGUGGGCAAAGUAAAACUUCCUUCAUUAUAACGAAGACAUCGCGCAAUACAUCUCACAAUAUGUUAGAUGCGAUUGCUGCACCAAUUUCCAUCAAAGAAGCCAUUUACUUGCUCUUAAAAUCAAACCACGAGGUCAUUCAUGGCGGCAACACGAAUCACAUAAUACAUAUCAAAUGGCUUCCAGGGGCCAGCAUGUAUAGAGCGCUUGCUCUCGCUGCAAAUCUUGGCAUAGACCAGGUCCACAAAUUGCUUUCGAUGGCUGGUAAUACGUUCGAUCCAUUCGAUGAGAUGGUUUCUUUUCUGUGUCAAGACUUUGCGAAUAUGGUGAUCACAUAGUACUCAUCGGCCAUUUCAGCAAAAGUAGCAACUCUAAAAGUUUUUUCCAAUCGAGAGCAAGCUCGGAAAACAUGAGGAUUUGAAGGCACCUUAGGAAGUGGUUGAGGUUAUCAAGUAUUUCAGAAGAAGUAAGAAACUUUCUAAUGGGAUCAUCUUUCUAAGCAGCUACAUAGCAAUGUAUUGAUAGUAUGUUUCUGUUUGACAUCAUGUGUGAAAUAGAG